GAGAGUCAAACGGAGAGAGGCGGACGCCAAAUGAACCCCCAAGUACCCAACACUUUCUAAAUGCCCCUGUUCCGUUCCGAUUCCGCUAGAGUUCAUAAGCGCGUGCCAUUUUUCGUUCCGUGCAGAUAGAGGAGAAACAGGAUUCUCCGCUCUCUCCCACACAGCUCUUUUAGCUCCCUUCUCGCAAUCUUCUUUCUUUAAUCAAUCUAGCAAUCGGAUAUAUUCUCUUCGUGGCAAAAACCAAAGUAUCAGGGAGGAACAGCUUCAUCAGAAUUCAAGUUUGAAAAUUAUCAGGUGCUCAUUCUUAUCAUAUGGUUUAGUGUUCGAAUCUGGUGAGAAUUAGGGAAACUAUUAUGUUUCAAAAAUAAUUCAUCACAAAAAAAUGUGAAUGAGCUUUUGCUUAACAUAGGGUCAGAUAAUUUAGGGUUAGGUAUUUUACAAUCUCCUGGUGAAUCAUAGGGGCAGUUUUUCUUUUGGGUUACUGGGCACCAAAUUUCAAGAUAUGAAGGGGCGGUCGCACCGUCUCCAGAGUCAUGACCUGCACGAGGACUGGGUCGAUGGCUCCUGGACGGUGGAUUGCGUCUGCGGUGUUAAUUUUGAUGAUGGGGAAGAGAUGGUUAAUUGUGAUGAUUGUGGUGUUUGGGUGCACACGCGGUGCUCCCGGUAUAUGAAGGGAGAUGAGUUAUUUACUUGUGAUAAGUGCAAGAGCAAGAAGAAUAAGGAUGAAAGUGAGGAGACUGAGGUUGCUCAAUUGCUGGUUGAAUUGCCUACCAAAACUAUCCGACUAGAGAGUAGCUUUGCAGGAAAUGGGUCCUCAUGCAGGCCUUUUAGGCUUUGGACUGAUAUACCAAUGGAGGAGAGAGUACAUGUUCAGGGCAUUCCAGGUGGUGAUCCUGCAUUGUUUUCCGGGUUGCCCUCUGUUUUUACACCCGAGUUGUGGAAAUGCACAGGAUAUGUGCCUAAAAAGUUUAAUUUUCAGUAUAAGGAGUUCCCCUGCUGGGAGGAAGAGUGUGGUGAUAGCAGAAAUGAGGAACAUAAUGAAAAUACUGUUGAUAAAGGUGCAGGUGUUUUGUUUUCCCUAGCCAAGGAGGGUCCAUUGCCAACCCCCACAGCAGCUUUUAUUGGCAUGAAGGAGAGAGGUGAGGAAAGCAGUUUUGAUAGACAACAGUACUCUAGGGAAAAGAGAAAUUGGGUGAAUGAGGACAGUGAGGUUAGGCAUCCGCAGGUUGGAGUUAAAAAGGAGAGAAGCUUACUUCGACCAGUUGUAAUACACUCAAGUAAAAGCAAGAAAGAAGAUCUUGGAACAUCCAAAGAACAAAGUGGAAAGAAGAAGGCUAGAGCUGCAUACAAGGAGGUGGAUGCAAGGAAGAGAGGUUCACAUGUUUCUAGAACAGCAUUUACAUCCAUCGGUGAUGCAACAACAUUGGAAUUUUAUGAAGACAGAGGUCCAAAUUCUAUCAAGAGUGACAACUGGAGCAUGAAGAACAAGAAAUUGAGAGACACUAUGAUUCAGGAACAUGAAUCAGAUUUUUAUGCUUCUGUGGAUGAUGGUGUAGAGAAGUCCAAGAACUGUGUGGCAGUGAAUGAGUGCUCCUCAGAAGCUGCUUUAUCUACUGGCAUUUCUACACAUAAUUUUCCAACUGGAGUUGAACUGAAUAAAGGGAAAGUUAGCCAUGAAGGUGUAGAAGCAUUUAAGACUUCUCCCGAACUUCAUGAUGUAGCUAAAUCGGUACCUGAAGAAAUUGAUGUCAGAACAAUCCCUGCAGAGCAAGAGGGAGAUAACAUGCCAAAUGGUAAUCGAGAUGAUAUGAUGGAAGGUUCUGCUGGAAAUGAUGUUAAGCCUCUAACUGAUGAGGUGGCAAUGACUAUUCCAGAAGUGAAGGACAGUCAGAUUAAUGAUGAGCAUGAUAUGUUCCUGAGUUCAGUGCAGAAUAAUGUUAAAGUAGAUGCUAAUGGUGAAAAUUCUAUGGGAAUCCUGACUGAUCGAUCUUCGAUUGGUGAUGUGAAACAUAUAGAUCUUGAUUAUGAUAACAUUACUGAAAAUUCUACAACGAAAAAUGCAGCAUUAAGUAUUUCACUAUCUGGCAAGCAAAAUACUCAAGAGGUUGACAAAACUCGAGAAGCAACCAUUGAUUGCCAUGCAGAUAAGCAGAAUGGCUUAACUAGUGAACCUUCCCUGAUUCAACAAGAAUUAGAGGAAUCAGAGGAGGGUCUGUUCACAUUGCACAAAUGUGCCUCAGAACCUAAACUUGGUUCAGCUUUUCAUGAAGAAGGUGGUGUUAUCUCCAAAUCUUUGGCGUUACCCAAUCAGAAUAAAAUUGUUGUGUGUGUUAGAAGAUCUUCUUCUACUUCAUCUGCUGUCAUGGUUUCCAAAUCCUCCGAUUGUGACAAAUUUAGAUCAGUAGAUAUUAUUGAUACAGAUACUAAUCCUAAUGCUAAGCAACAAAUAGUGUCUCAGUGCAAUUCUAAUGCUAAGAAAGAACGAGCUGCAAGUGAUAUUGUUAAGGUCAAGGAUGAAGACAACCAGGACUUGUCAAGAAGAAAAGUAAAUGAACAUCCAAAAUCCUCUGUGAAUUCUGCUUCAAAACCAUCAAACUCAAGCAAAAGUUCACAUCUAUCCGUUAUUAAGAGAGCUUUGAUGGAGUCAAAAGAUUCUGAUCAUCAGUCAUCUGUUAAAAUAUCUUCAGCCCAGAAUUCCUGUGAGACUACAGUUCCACAAAAUGAUUGUGCUUCACAGGUUCAAAAUAAGGCAUCGGCAUCGGGGUUACCCCUAAGAAGUGAAAAGUUUAAUCAGUCUGGUAGCCAGUCGUCAUCCCAGGCAAAUCAUGCAAUGUCUAUGAACCCUCCCCCUUCUACUAAUUCUUCCGCAACUCUAAGCGAUGAAGAGCUUGCUUUGCUUUUGCAUCAAGAACUCAAUAGUUCUCCUAGAGUUCCUCGUGUUCCACGUGUUCGUCAUGCAGGCAGCUUACCCCAGUUGGCUUCUCCAACUGCAACAAGCCUGCUAAUAAAACGUACAUCUAGUUCUGGAGGAAGAGAUUAUAAUUUGGUUUCUAGAAGAAAAAAGAAGGAUGCAUCUAAAGAUGGGUUUUCCCAUUCUCACGCGCCUGAUGAUGAGACUAAAAAGGGGGAUAGAGUGCCAUCUUCACCUGAUCAGAAGAGACAAGAUACAGGAUAUAAAGCUGAUGACUUGUCUAAGGGAGAGGAUCCAAUAGCAGUACAUUCUGUCAAGAAAAGCAUCCCUUCUGCCUCCACCUCAACUGUAAACAGUGGUCCAUAUUCUUCUACUGAGCUUAAUGACCUUCAUUUGGCAUCUACACGUAAUUCGCCAAGAAAUAUAUCUGAUGAGGAGACAGCCAAUGUUCGGGAUCCUGUUCAUCACACUUUACCAGGCUUAAUCAAUGAGAUUAUGGGCAAAGGCAGGCGCAUGACAUAUGAGGAACUCUGUAAUGCUGUCUUGCCGCAUUGGCAUAACUUGAGGAAACAUAAUGGAGAACGUUAUGCAUAUUCUAGUCAUUCUCAGGCUGUUCUCGACUGCCUUAGGAACAGACAUGAGUGGGCACAGUUGGUGGAUCGCGGUCCCAAGACAACUUCAAGUCGGAAAAGGCGCAAGCUUGACGCUGAGGAAUCAGAAGAUAAUGAUUAUGGCAAGGGAAGAAAUGUGAAGGAAGGUGAAAGUAAAAGCCUUGAAUCACCACAAAGAGAUGAGUUUCCCAAGGGCAAGCGGAAAGCAAGGAAACGAAGGCGUUUGGCACUGCAAGGAAGAGGAAUAAACGAAAUUAGGAAGAGGCGGAAGGCAGAUUUGCUUACUGAUGAUGAUAGUGAGCCACUUUCUAAUUCAAGCGAGGAGAGUAUGUUCAGUGAAGAUGAGAUCCGGGGUGGAGCAGGUCCAGUUGGAAGUGAGGUCUCAGCUAGCUCAGAUGAGACGGGGGCAAUAACUCAUGGGACUUUAGCCAGUUGGUAAGAUAAGGUGGGGCAUUCUCUGUUGUGUAAUCUUUGCCGAAAGAGUCUCUAGACACAUUAUUGCAUCAAGUCAGCCGGUGAAACCCUAAAUCAGUGGCAUUUGAUAGUUGACCAUCUUGAAGGUCACCGGUGGCGAGCUAUCCUACAGGUUUUGGCGCAUAAAGGCGGAGCUGAAUCUGAUUUUGUAGUUGAAAUACUGGUGUACAUAUAUGUAACCUUUGUACCCUUAAUACAGGUCUUUUCUUCUGUAGA